UUGAACUCGCAGGCGAAUGUGUUACUCUUUUUCAGUUUAGUUUGUUGUUGACGAGAUAAGAGCUUGAGCAUUGGGUGUCCCAGGCUCGCGGAGCAGAGCAUGGCCCAGUUACCGGCUGAAGCUAACAUUGGCAAAUUUCAUGAAGUCAUUGUGAGUGGCGAUAUACAGGAGUUGAUCAGGCAAAUGCGUGGCAAGGACAAAGCUCUCAUAGCCACCUCAGUGUGCGGAAACGGACACACACCACUGGAACUGGCUUCUUUCUGGGGUCAUCUUGAGAUCAUGAAGCUGCUGAUAGCUGAGGGGGCCGAUGUCGAUGAACAAAGUCCGGUUUCUGGCAACACCCCGCUGCACUCUGCUGCCCUUCAGAACCAUGCACGUGUUGUCAAGUACUUGCUGUUUAACUGUGACCCUGCCGCAUGCAUGGACAUCACAGAUAAUGCUGGAAGAACAGCAGCAGAUUAUGCCAUGGUCUCAGACGCUCUUUGGCCAUUUUUUCAAGCUGCUGGCUACAAAGGUGUACGGAGGCCCAAGGGGGAAUUGGUAGCCCUCGGCAUCGCAUUCCCAACUCAUGAUGAAUUGGAGGAAGAGGAGCGGUCAUCCUCCGGACCCGGUCCACACGAUUCCGAGACAGGCCAAGAGCACUUCUAUCGAGCUCGUUACUUUGGCGACGUGCUCCAGGGCGAACCUAGUAGUGAUGAUGGAGAAGAAGAUGCUGAAGACGAGCAUCGAACAUAGUGACACUGAGGGCACGGCAUGAAUUGAGACUAUCAAAAACAAAGGACCAAAUUUCAGGAUGAGGAGCAGUUGAGAUGCCACCGGUAAAGAUACCUAUGACUAACGGGUAAAGAUGAAUGCCACACUGCCGGUGAAGAUGACUAUGACAGAAGUAAUAUGUACAUAACAAUAGUCUAUUCAGAAGCCAUUUAGCUGCUGGGAUCUUCAAGCACAUUUUAAGCCGGAUUAAGCCAAAAUUGGUUUUGGACCUGGAUACCUGUACAUGUAUUGAUGCUACAGUCGGCUGUCUUUAAUCCAGCACUUUAUAAACCAGCACCCUCUAUAAAGCAGCAUCAUUUUCAGUUGCCAAAAUGUCCUUUUCAUGCGCACUGCGGCAGUAAAUCAGAUCAAGUUUCUAAUCCAGCACUCUCCCUAAUCCAGCAGAAUUUCCCUAGCGCAUAUGGUGCCGGGUUAAAGAGGGACCGCUGUAUAUCUGGCUGAAAUAGGCAAAAUGGGCUAAACAAGUGAGGUUGUUGUUGUCUACAUUUGGAAGGAUAGACCUGAGCAAUAUACUAAUUUUUUUAAUAAUAGAGCACUACACACUGGAUUGCCGAGUGCAACACUGCGGAAAAGGUUCAUCCCCCGACCCGUAUAUGGUCAAAGCAAGACGACUGCCUUUUUGUGAAUCUGUGGACUGUAAUAUACUAUUGUCUCUAUCUGAUUUGCAUGUGACAUGUCAGUAGAAAUUUCACAUUUCGUGCGAAAAUGAUCGUUUCUUUAGAAAUGAUGUGUGCUUCACUCUUCUAAAAAAUGUUGAUCAGUACAUGUUGCGAGA